AUGUGGAAACGAUUGGUUGAUGUAAAUAAACAACGUUUAUUAUCAUCCGUACAAUUAUUUAAAAGAUUACAAUCAUCAACACAAUAUUAUCCUAUUAAUGAUGAUGUUUAUGGACUUACAGAUGAUCAAAAACAGUUAAGAGAAACUGUAUUUACAUUUGCACAAAAAGAAUUAGCCCCACAUGCUAAUACUAUUGAUCGUGAAAAUUCAUUUUCUCAACUUCGUGAAUUCUGGAAAAAACUUGGUGAACUUGGUCUGUUGGGUAUUACAGCACCUGUUGAAUAUGGUGGUUUGGGUUUACAUUAUACAGAACAUUGUAUUGCUAUGGAAGAAAUAUCACGUGCAAGUGGAAGUAUUGCUCUAAGUUAUGGUGCACAUUCAAAUCUUUGUGUUAAUCAAAUUGUACGUAAUGGUAAUGAUGAACAAAAACAAAAGUAUUUACCGAAACUUAUUAGUGGUGAACAUUUUGGUGCAUUGGCCAUGUCUGAACCACAUUCAGGCUCUGAUGUUGUUUCAAUGAAAUUACGAGCAGAAAAAAAAGGUUUGUUAAACACUCUUUCAUACAAACCUGCAUGA